GACAAUUUUGAGUUGAAAGUUUAGAGAUUCCCAAAAGGCAGCGUUACAAUAAACAAACAACAAAUUAAGAGAGAAACAGAGUGGAAAAUGAUCAGAACAGAUUAUUCUCUUUGAGUGGAUUGAAGUUUGGAUUUGAAUAAAUUAGGCAAAGGAUAGAGGCAAGUGCGCAUUAACCCACCUCUCAAAUGCGUUACUUUACGAGAGUUUCAACCAAUAUUCUGACCAAAAUUCCUCAUUUCGUAAUAUGAAAUUUCCAAGUUCUCACAUUUUUCUUCUGGGUAUUAAAAUAGCAACAAAAAUCUUUUCCCUUUUCCUCUAUAAGCUUCAUUUGAUUCAUUACCCAUGUUGUACACCUUUUGAUUUCUCCCUGCUCCCGCUUUCAACUCCACCCUCCCUCAAUUCUUUCCUUCUUCAACUUUCCUGUUUCAUUCGCGGGGAAGACGAGUCAACCGAUUUCUGUGAGUUUGUUUCGAUUUUGAAGUUCUGGUUUCUUUGUAUUUCGCCUCUGAUGCUCACGACUUUUCUUUCACAUUCUUCAUAACUCCCCGCCUUGCCAUAGUUUAUCGUCUAUGGGUUUUCUGUAAUCGAGAAGUUGAUUGUCUUUCUUCUGUGUAAUUACUGACUUCUGAGUCUGAUGAUUCACAGUUGGAGAUGAAGCAUUUUGGAAAGAAACCAUUUACAGUCUGAACGACACUGCUACAACUCUAGCAGUGGGGUAAAGAGUGUCGGAAUAGUCAUAUCGAAUAGCAGAUCAGAGAUUGACUGCAGCAAAAGAGAAGAAAUUAACAGGUAAUAAGUAGGGAUGAAACAUUUUGAGAAUGGUGAAUCUGACUUGGAAGAGGGUAAAACGGGAAAGGACCGAGACAAAGCAUUACGCAAUAACAGGGUAUUCAGAUUACAUAACCAGGCCUUAUUGUCUGGCCUUGCAUACUGCAUUUCUUCGUGCAGCAUGAUACUAGUAAACAAGCUUGUGCUUUCCAGUUAUGAUUUCAAUGCUGGGAUAUCAUUGAUGGUCUAUCAGAAUUUUAUAUCAGUGAGUAUUGUGACAAUAUUGAGUUUUAUGGGCAUUAUAUCCACGGAACCACUCACUUGGAGGCUGGUUAAAGUGUGGUUGCCUGUUAAUGUUAUCUUUGUUGGGAUGCUCAUUACUAGUAUCUUCAGUUUGAAAUACAUUAAUGUUGCUAUGGUCACAGUUCUGAAGAAUGUUACCAAUGUAAUAACUGCAGUUGGUGAAAUGUAUCUUUUUGGCAAGCAUCAUGACAACAGGGUCUGGGCUGCACUUUUUCUCAUGAUAAUCUCAGCGAUUACUGGGGGGCUUACUGAUCUAUCUUUUCAUGCGGUUGGAUAUACAUGGCAAAUUAUCAACUGCUUCUUGACUGCAUCGUAUUCCCUAACUCUACGGAGGGUUAUGGAUACAGCAAAGCAGCUAACCAAAUCUGGAAACUUGAAUGAGUUCUCAAUGGUCCUCCUAAAUAACACUCUUUCUCUACCUCUUGGGAUAUUUCUUGUUUUUGUGUUUAAUGAGAUUGAUUAUCUCUCAAGAACACCGCUUUUGAGAUUGCCGAUGUUCUGGUUGGUGAUUACAUUCAGUGGUGUUUUGGGUCUAGGAAUUAGUUUCACGUCCAUGUGGUUUCUCCAUCAAACUGGGGCAACAACGUACAGCCUAGUGGGGUCACUAAACAAGAUCCCUCUCUCUAUUGCUGGUAUCUUCCUUUUCAAGGUCCCUACAAGUGUGGAGAACUCUGCGAGUAUAUUUUUCGGGCUUUUGGCUGGUGUGUUUUUUGCAAGAGCCAAAAUUCGAGAGAGAAGUAGUUAAUUGUUGAAAGUCAAAAGUGAUAUCUGAAAAAGAACUUUUCUUUUGACCUCGUUCUUGUUGAACUACUGCUUGCUGAAGCUGGUUUGCACAUGACUAUGAUUUGGAAUAGAAAAUGGAGCCAUCUCUCCUUGCUGCAGCUCUUUUUUUUCUUUAUUGAGGUGGUGGUUUUCAGCUUUGUAAUUGGGAUGAAGCUGAAGAAAAUUCUGUUGAAAUCCAAUUUUGACUUAGCUUUGUUUGUCGUAUGGAAAGGAAACACAAUGCUUAUCAUUGAUUGUUGUAGUUUCAUCUAUAAGUUAUGUUUUCUCUGUCAUUUUUAAUGGUUGUAAUCGUGGAACAUUCAGUAUUUGUAAAUUUGUCUAAUUAAAAAAAAUUAAAUCCUAUUGGGAGAGAA